GAUCCAUCUAACCCAACGAGUCCAUAGCCCCCCUUUAACACCAUCCUGGUUCAGGGUCAGGGUCAGCUCUUCUUGGCUUAAACUUAAAGCCUGUGGGGUUCAAGCUUCUGGUUCAUCUCUUCAAACCUUCAACACCCCUUUUCUCCACUAUUUGGCGGCUAUCUUUCAAUACCCACAACCCCUUAUUUCAAGAUCAAUACCCACAUCUUCAACACCCCUGUUGAGCCACUCACAAACCCUAGAUCCAACCGUCCAUAUUAUUCAAAUUUUACAGGUUCGAACCGCAACAAUGGUGGGUGGUGUUACCAAUCAACCACCACAAGCUUCCCAAUUGGCUCCGGAGGAUGAGGAGUUCUUGAAACGAAACACUGAUUGUGUUUAUUUUCUUGCGUCUCCUUUAACAUGCAAAAAGGGGAAUGAAUGUGAGUAUCGCCAUAGUGAUAUCGCGCGGGUCAACCCCAGGGAUUGUUGGUACUGGUUAAACGGAAAUUGUUUGAAUCCAAAAUGUGGUUUCCGUCAUCCUCCUCUUGACGGAUUAUUGGGAGCCGAAGCUUCUACUCCUGUGGGACCUGCUGCACCUCAGGCUCCGAUAAAGCAAGGCGUUGCCUGCAUUUUCUUUCAGAAAGGUUACUGUUUAAAAGGACAUUUAUGCCCUUUCUUGCACGGGCCACCAAACACAGUCAAUAACGUAGCUGUGCAGCCCAUACUGCCUAAGCCCGUUACCAAGCCUUCUAAGGUGGAUCCCGCGGGCCCAGUGAAACACAUUCAAGAACAGAAGCCUACACAAUAUGGAACAGUCCAAAAGCCCGUCGAGUCUCUACCUCCACAGGGGAAACAAGCGCCCAAAGUGCCGCUGAGAAAUGGUAACGGUGUUGCUACGGAGAAAAAGGUUGCACCGCCACCUGUCAUGAAUGAAUUCCAGUCUAACCAUGGUGUUUACGAGACAAAUCAUGUUUCGGAUAACGAGGAAAUAAAUGGUAACGAUGUUGAAGAAUAUUCAAGAGAACCGACACCUGGUUUUGACGUUCUUGUGGAGAACGAUGUUGACGAUUCUGAAUAUUAUCCUAAUGAAGAACAGUUUCAAAGGUCCGUUGAUUAUGAGGUUGACCGUGAUAUGUAUCCUAAGAAACGUGAUUUUGAGCGCUAUAACGAGGAAGAGUACGCAUGGGAGGCCCGUAGAGAUAAUUCUAAGUUCGGAAGGAAACGGUUUCCUAGAGAUGAAAGUCCGAAUCAGUUUGAUCAUUCGGACUUACGCCACCGACUAUCGAAGCAAAGGGGUGAUAAUGUUGGCGGUCUAAGGUCGGUUAUCAGUCGUGAACAUCCCCGUGACCACCACAAUGACCGUCGCGUGGAUUCCGGUCCCCUUAGUAGCCGGCUUAGAGGAAGAAUAAGGAUUCCGGGAAGAUCAACGUCACCUGGCUAUGAAAACGGCUCAAGGGUAGAAAGGGAAAUUUACAUGGGAAGACAACAACGGUCCAGAUACACUCCUGAAAGGCCGAGGUUUAGAGACAGAAUAAGGGGCAGAUCAAGUGAUGAUUUCAAUAACCAGGGAAGAGAGUACAGGGGUUAUCGCGGUAACAGUAGUGAGUUUACCGGACCUAAAAGAUUGUCGGAAUUAAGAAGUCAACAAGUAGACGAUGGUCAAACGUUGGGGAAGAGGAAAUACCCGAGACCCGAAAGUCAACAAUCUGAAGUCAACGCGUCAUUCGAAGGACCAAAGCCUCUCAGUGAGAUUUUGAAGCGGAAACGAGGAUCUGUAAUUUCUUCCACGAACAACGAAGAUAAUCAAAAGGAAAGAAAAGAAAUCCCAUCUGGGAACACGGACAACGAAAAGCCAGCAAAUGGUCAAUCUUUUAGUGAUCAUGAACCGAGCGAUGCGGAGAAUAAAGUGGGGUCGGUUGAUGAGGACACAUUGCUAGAUGAAGAGCUUGAAGCUUAUGAUGACAAAGAUACAGCAGAUUAUGAGUAUGAGCAGAUUGAUGGGGAAGACUACAACAUGGAGGAAGAUGAGAGUGGAAAGAAAGAGAGUGAAGUGUACUCUUAGAUGCAUAACUUUUGAUCUUUGUUUUGAAUGUUUGUUUGUUUGUUGGUGUUCUGAAUUAAAGAAGAAGUUUGAUAAUGUAGGUUGUAGAAGUAGUGGGAUAAUUCUAAAAACUCUUUUUUAUGAAGUUUUUAGUUUGUAUCAAUGGUACAUUGUUGAUUCAGUAUUUGGUUUUCAA